CCUGUAACACCAACAACACCAGUCACAACGGAUGCCCUUUCGUCGUUGCACAACUUAAUUAAGCAAGACACUUGCGGACUUGAUGAGAUAAGGAGACAGCGCCUAGAGAGACACCAUAACAGCGGGUCUAAUGCUCGCCGAUCCACUAGGUCCGUAUUCCUUGGGAAGGCCAAAGUAAUGAGCUACGAGGACCUUCAGGACGCCCGGGCGAAGCGCGCGGAAAAAGAAAGCUAUUGUGGAUAA